GUCAUGGCUGGUGCAGAAAGUGAUGGCCAAUUCCAGUUCACUGGUAUUAAAAAGUAUUUCAACUCUUACACUCUCACAGGUAGAAUGAAUUGUGUAUUGUCCACAUAUGGAGGCAUUGCUUUGUUGGUUUUAUACUUCAAAUUAAGGUCUCAAAAAACCCCAGCUGUGAAAGCAUCAUAAAUGGAUUUUGAAAUGUCUAACCUCAUCUGUAAAGUCCCAUGCCUGAA